AUGAAAUGCGGCCUUAGAUUCAAAGCACUCGCUGGCGCUCUCCUUUUCAUUGGACUGGUCAUUAUUCUUCUUGUCCUCGAAGACAAAUGUGAGACCUAUGACCCAGUAGGCUAUGUCCAAGCCUCGAUACCCUGGUUUCAGGACUAUAAACCACCUCAUUCAGGACCUGUGGGAGGAGAAAUAGCGGACAAAAUCCUCGUUGUGCCGGCACUCGAGGAGGACGAUGUCUCCUGGGUGACGGACGAGUUAAAAGACUGGCAACACGCCAUAUACACAGUCAACCCAUCCGCCAACUCGACCCAAGCCCGUGGACUCGUCACACCAGUCAAUAAAGGCCACGAAGCAAUGGCCUAUCUCACCUACAUAAUCGAUCACUACAAUACUACCCUCCCCUCAGUGAUCGCCUUCCUCCAUUCCCACCGCAACGGCUUCUUCCAGGCCUGGCACGUCGAUACCCCUCUCCACGACAACGUCUACGCAAUGCGUCACCUUCAGACCUCCUAUGUCGAAGAGAUGGGCUACGUUAACCUCCGCUGUAACGUCAACCCAGGCUGCAAGAACCCUCAACGCAGCAACCCCCAUAUCACAGGUGAUGUGUGGCUCGAAGUCAUGGGAAAUACAAGCACACCAGCAUUUAACCAGCAUAAAUAUCGCCCCGCCGCGCAGGAAGUGUUCUCAAGGGCUGAAGAUAAGGAAAAGCUGCAGUUCAUGCACCCUGUGAUAUGGACGCCGUGUUGUGCCCAGUUUGCAGUGAGCAGUCGGAUGAUCUACAAGAGACCAUUGGAGGAUUACGUCAAGAUCCGACAGUGGGUGAUUGAAACCAGCAAGGACGAUGCGCAAAGCGGAAGGACGAUGGAGUAUCUCUGGCACGUCAUUUUCGGACAGGAGGCGACUUUCAAUGUGUUUAUCUUGAGAUUAGACGUCUUCGAGUAUUUUAGCAAGCAAGUAAACGGCGGCGUGGGAGAAUAUGACGACGGGAUCAUGGAUCUGGGAAGGAAACAAAAAAGUAUAUUCGAAGUUUAUCUGGAGUUUCACAAACGUGUAUGGGAAUUUGGGGCUCCUGAAAUCAAGAGCAAAAUGGGCUCUGGAUUUAGGGAACAGAGAAUCAACUGUCAUUGA